CUCAAAAAGGGAAAAAGGGGGGAAGAGUGGAAUUCCUGCUCCUCCUCUGUACAGUACCAGAACACUGCCUGAGUGACUCAGUUCACACAGAGGUGGGCGUUCAUCAGCUCCACUUUCAAAAUCACUGCAAUGAACAGCAGUGAAUGCAGUCUUUUACGUCGCCGAGCACCUUUCAGGGAUGACGCGCGGACGGUGACCUUUCCGCGAGGAUACGAGGAGAGAGAGCGCGCAUGCCGAACGCGGCGCGUCACCUGCGCGUCCGAUGCGUAAAAGCGCGCGCACUGCGGUUCCGCCGCGCUUCUUCUGAAUCUGGAAAUUAGGAUCAGGAGGUUAUUGGGUGAAGCGAAUUGCCCUCCUUUGUUCGCGCGGAUGAGGGUCUGACGCGUUCCAGGGGGACUUUCAGUCGCGGUUCACACACACACACACACACACACACGCGCUCUCUCUAUGCUGCUAUGACUCCCUGCAUGCGUCUGUAUUGUGAUCUGGUUGCUCUUCGCAAGCUGCUGCUGCUGCUGUUCUUCAUCUCGGUGCUGCUCGUGUGUGUCAGGUCCGAUUCGGCGGAUAACCGAUGCUUGUCAUCCCUCAUCUUCACAUGUGAAGACUGUCUGAGACGCGGCCCUGAAUGUGCGUGGUGCUCUCAGGAGAGGUUUCUGGACGGGGCUCAUGUGAGUCAGCGAUGCGGAUCUGUGUCUGACCUGCGAGUGCGGGGCUGUGAAGAGGCUUUUAUCCAGAACCCGAAUGUGAAAGUGAAAGUAAACGCCACUGUCGGCAGCUCACAGGUGUCACCGAGAGAGAUCGACAUCCACCUACGACCAGGCGGCGAGGCGUCGUUCGUGGUGGAGGUGCAGCAGCUGGAGCGCUAUCCUGUGGAUCUGUACUAUCUAGUGGACGUCUCGGCCUCCAUGCAGGUUUAUCUGGACCGGCUGAAGACGGCGGGUCUGGCUCUGUCUCAUCUGAUGAAGGAACACUCCAGCGACUUCAGAGUCGGCUUCGGCUCGUUCGUGGAUAAACCGCUGUCUCCUUACAUCGACGUCCAUCCCUCCAAACUCCUGAACCCCUGCAGUGAUUACGAGGUGAACUGCAGGCCGGCUCACGGCUUCAUCCACGUCCUCCCCAUCACACACAACAUGACGGAGUUCACGAGGGUCAUCCAGGAGCAGAGGAUCUCUGGGAACAUGGACACGCCGGAGGGAGGCUUCGACGCCAUGCUGCAGGCCGCUGUCUGCCAGAAAGACGUGGGAUGGCGUCCCGAAGCGAAGCGUCUGCUGCUGGUUAUGACAGACCAGCCGUCUCAUCUGGCUCUGGACAGUAAACUGGCUGGGAUCGUGGUUCCUCACGACGGCCGCUGCCAUCUCGAGGAUAACAUCUACUCCCAAACCACCACCAUGGAGCACCCAACAAUCGCUCAGCUGGCCGAGAAGCUUCUGGAGAACAGCGUUUACUCCAUCUUUGCAGUGGACCAGGUGCAAUAUCGCUGGUAUGAGGAUCUGCUGGACCUGAUUCCUGGAAGUUACGUGGGCCCACUCGUUUCCAAAGCAUCAAAUCUAAAAGACUUAGUAGUGCAAGCCUACAAGAGGCUGCUGUCGGAUGUGGAGGUGCAGAUCGGGCUGGAGGACGGCCAGGCUCAGCGCUUCCAGGUGAACGUCUCGGCUCUCUGUCCCGACGGAUCCACUGUCUCUGGAAACACAAAGUGCUCCGGCGUUCGGCCCACACAAACAGUUUUCUUCAAGGUGACUGUAGGCAUGAUCGGGUGUCCGGAGGACGGCGGCGAUCGAGAUGUGGUGAUGUCCGUCAGACCCGUGGGCUUUAACGAGUCGGUGAGCGUCCGGAUCCGUCAGAGCUGUGUCUGCGGCUGUGCUCAGACGGGCCUCUGUCGGGAUGACCCCUCGUCCUCGGACUGUCCCGCGGACACCAGCUCCUGUAGAGCGCACCGGGGCGCAGCCGUCUGCAGCGGACGAGGGCUCUGUAAGUGUGGGACGUGUGUGUGUGACUCCAGCAGACUGGGACACAUCUACGGGAAGUUCUGUGAGAUGGACGACUUCUCCUGUCCGUAUGUGACGGGCCGGGUCUGUGGAGGACACGGCCGGUGUGUUUCGGGUGAAUGUGUGUGUCUCUCUGACUGGACGGGCGAGUCCUGCGACUGUCCCGUCUCCACCGAGAGCUGCGUGUCGGACGACGGCCUGAUUUGCAGCGGCUGGGGAAAGUGUGUGUGCGGCAAGUGUGUGUGUGACGACGCUCGGCGAUCUGGAGCCUUCUGUGAGAAAUGCCCCAUCUGCUACAGCUCCUGUCAAUCACACUGGAGCUGUGUGAGGUGUCACCUGUCUAAGGGCCUGGGGUCAGACGCUCUGCAGCUCUGUAAUCACAGCUGUGCUCCGGCGGUGCAGUAUGUGGACGACGUCUCAGGUACUACAGCACAAACACAGAGAGAAACACAGGAGGCUGCGGUGCGUCUGAAUGAACUGUGCUGUUGUUCAGAUCUGCUGCGGGGGAAACACUGCCUGUAUCCCAGCAGUGAGAAGUGUCAGCACCGAUUCCUGGUGGACUUGGCUUCGGAUCGGCCUCAGCUGCACAUCAGUCCUGAUCCUGUGUGUGUUUGGAGUCGGCGGUACUUAAAGACGUUCCUCAGCACCUUCCUUCUGACCGUCACGCUGGGGAUCGGUAUGCUGGCCGUCGUCCGACAGCUGCUGAGAGCUGGAAACUGCUCGUGGCAGUCCAACCCUGAUCCACAGUUUGACCACAGCCGCAAGAACUCAUACGUCCCCACGACCAACGAGAAGACCAUCACGUACAGGCGGGACAGUCUGCCGAAUCUCCCCGUGGAGAUGCACUCACACAUGCCCAAGAAGCCCCCGAGCGACGCCUGGCAGUGAUGACCAGGGUCAAAGGUCGUCUAGAACCAAAGCACUACCUGAAUGAAAACACAAUCUUUCUCUUUAAGCACUUACUUCACGAGAGCAAUAUCCAGCGUGGGUUUUCUGACGGUGUUUUUCAUUCAGUUUCUCAUUUGUGAUGUUGAAUGGCAUUAAAUCUCUUGUCCUGAAGCCACACAGAAAAAGAGAUGGUACGGUAAACCCUUAAUGACGCGUUCACCUCAAUAGGCCAGUUUUCUGCUGAGUUACUGUUUGCUUGUGUCUGUGAGCGGAUGUGUAGGUGUGUUUGUGAUAUUUGUACUUGUUUUAUUUUAUUCGUCUAUAUGGCUGUGUUCAGAAUAGAGUACUUGCACACUGUGCGUAAUAUUUCUGCAGGAUGCAUGCAGGAAAUACACAGACCAAUGCAACAGGCUUUACACUUCUAGAAUA